AUGGAAAUCAACUAUUCUUUCAUAAAUCAACCAAUGACCGAUUACUUGGUGACUUUCCACCACCCAUAUUAUCACGUCCCACUGUCAAUAGGUGUGUCAGUGACUCGAGCAUUUGCUUAUCGUCGUCGAUAUACUAAACAUGACGCGUUACGGCUGCUGAAGAAAAAGUUGAGCGGGGUGAAUUCAUCUACAAGAAAUAUCGCGAAUGAGAGUGUGUGGAAACAGAUAUUGCAUAUAUGGUGCCCUAGUGGGAAGAUAGCAAGUACAGUGAGGAGGGUGUAUUCGAGGAUAGGUGAGGAGUAUAAGAAGAAUACUUUGGUGAUGGUAACGGUGGUAAAUUGUGAUUGGGUAUUUACGGACGAUAAGGGGAGAAACAAA